ACAAUGGAAAGGGAGGGGCAAAAAGUGAAGGCUUUAUAUUUCCUCGUCAGGGACACAGCUCCAAUCUCACCUGCCAAAUUGUCCGCUUCACCCGGGAAAGCAGCAAAGGUAAAGAGAAGUAUUUCUGUGCUUCAGUGUUUCAGCUGCGCUUGUUGCCAGACCCGAACAGAUAAGAGCAGUAAAACAGGACGUUUGGACAGGUAGUGCUUGGCAUAAAAUGGAUCCUCUCAGCACAGCAAACGUUGACUUUUGCCUUGAUGUGUUCAAAGAGCUGAACAGGCACAACGUAGGAGAAAACAUCUUCUUUUCACCACUGAGUCUGCUUUAUGCUCUAAGUAUGGUUCUCCUUGGGGCCAGAGGAAACAGUGCAGGGCAGAUGGAGAAGGUGCUUCACUUUAAUCGUAUUGCAGAAUCCUUAAAACCAGAGUUCAAGGCCUCAGCUAAGUGCAGCCAAGCUGGAAGGAUUCAUUCAGCGUUUGGAGUCUUAUUCUCUCAAAUUAACCAGCCAGACUCUAACUAUACCCUCAGCAUGGCCAACAGACUCUAUGGGACAAAGGCGAUGAUGUUCCAUCAGCAAUAUCUAAACUGUUCUGAGAAACUGUAUCAAACCACGCCGCAAACUGUUGAUUUUGAACGGUCUCCAGAAGAAACGAGGAAAACUAUUAAUGCUUGGGUUGAAAGUAAAACUAAUGGAAAAGUCACAAACCUCUUUGGAAAGGGCACAAUUGAUCCUUCUUGUGUAAUGGUCCUGGUGAAUGCCAUAUAUUUCAAAGGACAAUGGCAAAAUAAGUUUCAGGAAAGAGAGACAAUUAAAACCCCUUUUCUGCUAAGUGAGGGUAAAAGCGUACUUGUGGAAAUGAUGUAUCAAAUGGGAACAUAUAAAUUAGCCUUCAUAAAGGAGCCGCGGAUGCAAAUUCUGGAGCUGCCCUACGUGAACCACAAACUAAGCAUGAUUGUUCUGCUUCCCGCGGGCACGGCCAGCCUGGAACAGAUAGAGAAACAGCUGAACAUGAAGACGUUUUACGAAUGGACCAGCUCUGCUAACAUGGUAGAGAGGGAAGUUGAAGUGCAUAUCCCCAGGUUCAAACUUGAAAUGAAGUAUGAGCUAAAUGCUUUGCUAAACUCCCUUGGGAUGACAGAUGUCUUCAACGAAAUCAAAGCUGAUCUCUCUGGAAUAUCACCAGCCAAAGGCCUGCAUUUAUCAAAGGUCAUCCACAAGUCAUACGUGGAUGUCAAUGAAGAGGGCACCGAGGCAGCAGCAGCUACUGGGGACAGCUUCGUUGUAAAAAGACUCCCCAUCCGAGCUCAGUUCAUGGCGAACCACCCUUUCCUGUUUUUCAUAAGGCACAUCCCUACCAACAUGAUCGUCUUCUGUGGCAAGCUCGCCUCUCCCUAAACAAGUGGGGCUGAGGGGGGCUCAGGGUCACAGAAGAGGUACAGGGACAAACCCAUGACUAAAAGUAGCUCAUCCCUUACACACCUCUGUGCCUUACUUUGCUCAUCAGCAAAAUGGGUCUAGGAUCUCUCUCAACUUAUACCUUGAAUUGGUGAACCCUAAAAUUACGGAAAUCAUGGAAGAAGAUACAUUUACAAAAAAAGCUUCUCUGGUUCUCUUAUCUUUGGGGCCUCAUUUAAGUGCUAUCUGGGUGACAUGAUCAAGUCGAUGAGAACAGUUUUCAAGGGUUAGAUUUACUUGACUUGUAUAUAUCACUGAUCUCUUGAACAAGUGACCAAUCUACCUUCAGAAAACUAAAUUAAGGACUUCAGCUUUGGUUGGAUUUUUAAAUAUUAUAGUUUUCCUUGCAUGUGUAGACAUAACAUCAUGAAUUUCAGUUCAAAAUUCUGUAUUCGUUAUAAUAAAUAUAUAAAAUGCCUUCA